UUGCGCGUGGAGGAGGGGCGAGAGGGAAUCCCGGGCACCGAAGAGUUACAGAUAUCGCGUUAUUGUCGUCCGUUAUCAAAGGAAGUGAAGGUAGAAUAAUGAAUGGACUGCGGAAUGCAGCCAGGGAGAAAAACAUUCUCUCGAAUUUUUUAAGAUUGAGCGGAAGGACGAUGUGUUUUGUUAUGUCAUGGACUGUUAAUGCCUUGGGAGUCCAAAGAAGUGGAUAGAUUCCUGGGCGAAUCAGCGGCAAUGUCAACUGGACUGACUGAGCUCGAGGAAGCAGGUUUGCACGUCUCGCACCGUUGCUCAAGCAGCAUCAACCGCGAAAUAAACAUUCUGGUAUAUUGUGAACAUGUAAUGCUGUAGGUGUAACUUAUUUUAGAUACCGCCAAAGAAUUGGUGCAGUAGACCGCCAAAGAAUUGGUGCAGUAGACUAUAUUGCAAGUGAAGUCUCUAAAGAAAUGUUGGUGGUGCACAAAGAUGCUCUAAAAACAACCUGAAGAAGUGAAGGUGACAGUCGACUAUCAACAUGGGGCAAUUAUGAAUCAUUGACUUAAACAUUUAAUAAACCUAUAGGCUACAGCGGAAUAACUUUAUUUUAGAGACGUAAAAGCCCGAAGACCCUGCUUGUUUCAGAUGCUACGGGACAUCUUAGCAUUUGGUGGUUUUCAAGCGGUUCCUCAACGUGACACUGCACGCGCUUUGGCUCAAAGUGAGCAGCGCCGCGGUCUCGGCUGUGUUAUUUGAGUGAGAACCGGACAGCCAGUGGAUGCCGCAGAGUUGUUUGGGUUGAAACCGAAGCAAGUGAAGGGUCAGGGGGCUGUUUUGGGGAAAUCCCCAUCCGACUGCGCCUUAUUACGCAAUGGAUGACUCGGGGAUAAUUCGGCGUCGGAGGCUGCAGAAGGAUCUGCCACUGCCCCGCAAGAACAGCAGUUGUCGUACCAGUAACAGGAAGAGUCUGAUCCUGACCACCACCUCCCCCACUCUGCCCCACCGCCCACACUCUCCUCUGCCCCUCCCUGGACACCUCGGAAGUAGCCCUCUGGACAGCCCACGCAACUUCUCUUCCAGCACCCCAGCACACUUCUCAUUCGCCUCCUCCAGAAGGGCGGAUGGUCGACGAUGGUCCCUGGCAUCUCUGCCCUCCUCUGGAUAUGGCACCAACACGCCCAGCUCCACGUCCUCCAGCUCAUCUCAGGAGCGGCUGCACCAGCUGCCCUUCCAGCCCACCAUGGACGAGCUGCACUUCCUGUCCAAGCACUUCGGCAGCACCGAGAGCAUCGCCGACGACGACGGGGGCCGCUGCUCACCCCAUAUGCGCCCGCGUUCCCGCAGCCUCAGUCCUGGACGCUCCCCCUCCUGCUAUGACAAUGAGAUCGUCAUGAUGAACCAUGUGUACAAGGAGCGCUUCCCCAAGGCCACGGCUCAGAUGGAGGAGCAUCUAGCAGAGUUCAUCAAUGCCUUCUCCCCUGAGAGCGUGCUGCCGCUGGCCGACGGGGUCAUCAGCUUCAUCCACCAUCAGAUAGCAGAGCUGUCCAGAGACUGCCUGUCCAAGGCUCGCGAGGGCCUCAUCACCACCGUCUACUUCUUUGAGCUGCAGGAGAACCUGGAGAAGCUGCUCAAUGAUGCGUAUGAGCGAUCAGAGAGCUCAGAGGUGGCCUUCGUCACAGAGCUGGUGAAGAAGCUCCUCAUCAUCAUCUCUCGCCCAGCAAGGCUGCUGGAGUGCCUGGAGUUUAAUCCAGAGGAGUUCUACCACCUGAUGGAGGCAGCAGAGGACCACGCCAAGGAGGGACACCUGAUGAAGACGGACAUCCCUCGCUACAUUAUCAGCCAGCUGGGACUGACCAGAGACCCUAUAGAGGAAAUUGUUAAUCUGGACAGCUACGACAGUGAGGGACCUCUCACACCAGAAACAGACGACUCAACAGAGGGCAAGAUGAGAGCCAUGAAGCCGCCCGAAGAGGCUGACUUCCAGACCAUUAAGCUGAUCAGCAAUGGAGCCUACGGAGCUGUUUACCUGGUCCGUCACCUGGAGACCCGUCAGCGUUUCGCCAUGAAGAAGAUCAACAAGCAGAACCUGAUACUGAGGAACCAGAUCCAGCAGGCCUUCGUAGAGAGAGACAUACUGACCUUCGCUGAGAACCCCUUCGUGGUCUCCAUGUUCUGCUCCUUCGAGACCCGCAGACACCUCUGUAUGGUCAUGGAGUAUGUAGAGGGGGGAGACUGUGCCACCCUGCUGAAAAACAUUGGGGCAUUGCCUGUGGAGAUGGCGCGCAUGUACUUUGCAGAGACCGUCCUAGCGCUGGAGUACAUUCACAACUAUGGCAUUGUGCACCGCGACCUCAAACCAGACAAUCUUCUGAUCACUUCCAUGGGGCACAUCAAACUGACUGACUUCGGCCUGUCUAAGAUGGGUCUGAUGAGCCUCACCACCAACCUGUACGAGGGACACAUCGAGAAGGACACCAGGGAGUUCCUAGACAAACAGGUGUGUGGCACGCCAGAGUACAUUGCCCCGGAGGUGAUCCUGAGACAGGGCUAUGGGAAGCCAGUGGACUGGUGGGCUAUGGGCAUCAUCCUCUAUGAGUUUCUGGUGGGCUGUGUGCCCUUCUUUGGAGACACGCCUGAGGAGCUCUUUGGACAGGUCAUCACAGAUGACAUAGUGUGGCCAGAAGGUGAUGAGGCUCUUCCUGCCGAUGCUCAGCAUCUGAUCUCUACUCUACUUCAGACCAACCCACUGGUCCGACUGGGCACAGGUGGUGCAUUUGAGGUGAAGCAGCACUCAUUCUUCACUGAACUGGACUGGAACAGUCUGCUGAGACAGAAGGCUGAGUUCAUCCCCCACCUAGAGUCAGAGGAGGAUACCAGCUACUUCGACACCCGCUCGGACCGCUACCACCACGUCCACUCUUAUGACGAGGACGACACCAAUGAUGAUGAACCUGUCGAGAUCCGCCGUUUCUCCUCCUGCUCCCCUCGCUUCAGCAAGGUGUACAGCAGCAUGGAGCACCUGUCCCAGCUGGAGCACAAGCCCCCGACAGUGACCCGGCGGGAGCACAAGGGACCCAGGGAGGACUGGGUGGCAAAGAGAGAGAGCCUGGGCAGCCUGACCUUGAGAGAUAAGAGCUGGAGGACAGGAUCACCUGAGAUGAAGCGACUGUCGUGCUCAGAGUCCUUCUUCACUGAGAGUGACUCCAGUCCUCCAUCUGGGGCCCGGCGACGCUUUUCUGCCCUCAUGGACACUCACCGCUUUGCCUCCCCACUAGAGGCCGAUCCUGACCUGCCCGUGCCCACCAGACAGCCCCCGGUCAAGGCCAGGGGCACCUCUCUGGAGGGGGCCAUGGGCACCACAUCCAUGGGCACCACAUCCAGCCAGGGGGAUUUUAGGAAGGAAAAGGAGGGUAACGGGUUGACUGCUGGAGGUGAGGGCAUUUGGCAUUGGAUAAUGGAUGAAUCCUGGCUUGACCUACAUGAUAUUAUUCCUCCAUCUUUCUGCUCUGCUCCAGACAAACUGCUGAGGCCAGCAGAUGUACCAGUGGGAGCCAUCCCCAGCCCCAGCAGUACUGUGACUGCUGGGGACACAGAGCCCCAGGGGUCCCGGGCCACCAACGAACUGGUCCUGAGGAGGGUCCGCCACAGCCAGCUCUCAGCUGAGGGAGAGAAACGCAACUCGCGACCCGUGACCAAGGUCAUCAAGUCUGCCUCCACCACAGCCCUGUCUGUCAUCAUACCUACAGUGGAGCAGCAUGGUACGUCCCCUCUGGCCAGCCCCAUGUCUCCUCGAUCCAUCUCCUCCGACCUGUCGUCUCGAGACUCCUCCCCCAGCCGAGACUACUCACCCACAGUCAACGUGCUGCGUUCGCCCAUCACCAUCCACCGCUCUGGGAAGAAGUACGGUUUCACCCUCCGAGCCAUUCGAGUCUACAUGGGAGACAGUGAUGUCUACAGCGUACACCACGUGGUCUGGCAUGUGGAGGACGGAGGCCCUGCCCAGGAGUCGGGACUCUGUGCUGGUGACCUCAUCACUCACGUGAACGGGGAGUCUGUCCAUGGGCUGGUGCACACUGAGGUGGUAGAGCUCAUUCUGAAGAGUGGAAACAAAGUGACAGUGACCACCACGCCCUUUGAAAACACCUCCAUCAAGAUUGGUCCUGCCCGCAAGUCCAGCUACAAGUCCAAGAUGGCACGGCGCAACAAGAAGACAGGGGCCAAGGAGGGACAAGAAAGUAAGAAGCGCAGCUCGUUGUUCAGGAAGAUCACUAAGCAGUCGAACCUGCUCCACACCAGCCGCAGCCUGUCCUCUCUGAACCGCUCUCUCUCAUCAGGGGACAGCCUCCCAGGCUCCCCCACCCACAGCCUCUCUGCCCGCUCCCCCACACAGAGCUACCGCUCCACCCCCGACUCCACCUACCUGGGUAACUCUUCUCAGAGCAGCUCUCCAGUCUCCAGCACCCCUAACUCCCCGGCUGCCUCCCAGCACAUGAGACCCAGCUCCCUGCACGGCCUCUCCCCCAAGCUGCACCGCCAGUACCGCUCAGCCCGCUGCAAGUCAGCUGGCAACAUCCCCCUGUCCCCCCUGGCCCACACACCCUCCCCCACCACCUCCUCCCCCCCACCCCUGUCUGGCCACACGGUGGGUAGCUCCAACACCACCCAGGCCUUCCCAGUCAAGCUCCACUCCUCUCCCCCUGUGGCCCGUCCCAGGCCCAAAAGCGCAGAGCCCCCCCGCUCACCCUUGCUACAGCGGGUUCAGUCGUCAGAGAAACUGGGCGCGCCCCUCCUGCCCUCCUCUUCAUCUUCAUCGUCAUCUUCCUCGCCCCUUGCAGGGGGGGUGUCGAUGCGUAAGCACAGCCUGGAGGUGUCACAUGGUGACUACAGGAGGGAGUCUUUCCACUGCGAGCAUAGCCUGCAGAGUCUGCUAGAGAUGGAGGGAGAGAACGGGCCCGUUCCCCCCUCUCCCUCGUCUUCCUCCUCCCCCUCUCCCCCCACGGUUGGAGAGACAGGGUGCCUGAAGCCUGCGAGGAGGCCGGGGAGGCAGGAGUCGCCCCUGAGCCGGGACACACUGCUGACAGGGAGGGAGAGAGCUCCCCAGACUACAGCAUCUGACCCUCACACUGACAGCACAACUGUUAAAGUGGAGCCCAAGACCAGCGCUGGUGAGACAGCUAAGACAUUAACCCCUUGUGAGGCUCUGAAGAGAAAAGCCUCCCCAGUACCAGGUGAGGCCCAGCCUAGCCCAGCCUCAACCCCCUCCACUCCAGGGGCCAAGUCCAGCCCAGCAGACAAACCUCUAAGCUCCAGUGCUCCAAGCUCUGAGACAGUCAGUGGAGGCCCUAAACCCACUGAGAGGGCCCCAGUCCAGGCCACAUCCCAGAGUCCGCUCUCCCAGGAGCGUAAACACCAGGCUGUCCAGACAGACACCACCCCAGUAAGCAAAAGCCAGGAGAAGAGUGAGGAGAAAGGGAGUGUGGGCCCAGACAAAGCCACUACACAGAGGGCGGGAGCUACAGAGGUGGCCAAGCCAAGUAAAGACACACAGAUGGAAGAGGCCACUUUGAAAGGAGGGAUGGGGGGCAUUGACAAAGCCACUGAGACCAGGGUUAAAGGACCUGCUCCUCCAGUCCCAACCCAAGCACCAGCCCCAACCCCAGCCCCAUCCCCAUCCCCUCUUGCCAUAGGUCCAGGUCCAGCUUCAACAAAAUCCAGAGCAGACAAGGUUUCUGUCCCGUUGAGUAGCUACCGAGAGGCCAGGGAGGAGAGGAGUCACCUGGAGGUGGUGGAGGAGAACCCCAUGUCCCCCUCCUCCACCGCUGCCUCCCCCUGCUCCAGCAAGUCAUGCCCUGUCUCCCCUGGUGACAAGGCAAGCUUUGUGACUCAGCUGACCAGUGUGGCCAAAAACGUGCUGGGGCCUAUGAAGAUGGGAUCCCAGGAAGGGCCCAAGGGCGGUGAGGAGAAACGGGGAAGUUCAGCAGGAAAGUCUGAGGCUCCAUCUGGAGGUAGUCGAUGGGGGGCCCAGGGGACAUCUCCAAGUCCUGCCGGCUCAGCUCAGCCUGAAAAGGCAAACACGAGGAAUUCAGGUAAGCACCGCUUCUGAUCUGCGAGCGAGGGACAAACCUGGGAUCUCCCAGAAAAUACCUUUAUGAUUGGAAUAUCAUUCAACCACAUCAGGCACGGACAGGGCACCCUCAAAAAAGGGACAAAAACAUGUAUGCCUAAAAAACACACACCAAAUAUCUAGAAAAUACAGACCUGUAGAUAAAACAAGAAUAUGUGGAGGAAUGUGCUUUAAUGCUGUUCUCAAAUGUUUGUAUGUACAGUUGAAGUCGGAAGUUUACAUACACCUUAGCCAAAUACAUUUAAACUCUGUUUUUCAUAAU